GAUUCUCCGCCAAGUUGAGCUACACGUCAGUAGGGGACCUGUACUGGUGACUGGACGUGUGCAGCGCGCGUCAGACGGUUCCCGGAUGCACCGAACAGAAACAUGGAACGGGUGCUGGUGGAAGUGCCGAUCAACAACGGUUUUUCCCUCGCUGGCCACUCCACGGCCCCACGGAAGCGCCAGGUGCGCUUUUCAGCGCGCCAUGACAUCAUCCUGCUGCGGGAGGUUAUCGGCCAGAACCCCUUUGCCUCCAAAGAGCCAGGGCGGAUCUGGGCCCGUGUGGGGGAGAUCAUCACUGCAGCGCUCCAAGAUGAAAGCUUUGAGGUGGAUGCCAGGAGGUGUAGGGAGAGGACCAUGCUGCUGCUGGACUACUACAAGAAACAAGACUUCCCAAGUCUGCGCAGAUUUGGAACGGAGAGGUUGUACGCCCAAAAGGAAGACCUGCUCCACGAGGUGUUGGAGCUGGAGGCUGAGAAGGGGCUCCUGGCCAGCGGCGAGAGCACAAAGUACCAGGAGGAUGAACUGAGAAGGCGAGCCAUGGAAGAACUAACUCUACCAGAACAGGACAAACCCAACAUCACCGUCACACAAACCGCAGCAGCAGAACCAGAAGAUGGCCGCGAAGAUAUGGUAGAGCUUUCAGCGGCGCCUACAGCCAAGAGGCCCUGCCAGUGUUGCUGCCAGACCUACUCUGAGAUUCUCAGCUUCCUGGAGAAACGCUCGGAGGCGGAGCAACGGCUACGAGAGGAGGAGCUUGCCCUGCGCCGGGAGGAGCUUGAGAUUCAAAGGAGUAAGAUCACUCUGGAGAGGGAACGUCUGGGAGCUGAGAGAAAAGAAAGGGAAAGGAGAUUUGAGCUGGAGAGCCAAGAGAGGCAGGUCAUCUUGGACCUGCUAAAAGAAAAGGUGCUGAAAGGCUGAAGAGCUGCAUCACCUGCAUCUAAUGCCAUCUUCUAACCACUUUAUGUGUGGCUGGUGCACAAAGCACCAUAAUACGACAUGAACGUGCAGACAGUGUUUAAAAGCUGCAAUUUGUGCAUAAACCAGCUGGACAUCGCUGACCCAUGUAGAUCCCAAUAGACACUCCCUGACUUGUAAUCCUCAUGGCACGGUCUGCACGAGGAUUUAAAAGCGCUGCAACUGCUGGAGUGUCCCCUCAGAGGUGGAAUGCACCAAAGGGUGUGGUGCGUGCUGCUGUGUCUUAGGUGUGGCGGUCCCCCAAGCCGUUACUGGCAGACAGGAUCACCCCGUUUUCACGAGUCCUGUUCACACUGUAUUAUUUUCUGCUGCCUGUAUAAAACAUAUGGAGGAACAGCUAAGAAAAGCUUGUUUGUUCACACAGUUCACAUCAAAGUUGUGGUGCAGCUCAAGUUUUUGAAAACUCUGUAGCGUUGCACAGUGAUGACUUUGAACAUGCUUUUUUAAUUUGAAGACAUUUUUGAUUAAAGUAGAAGUAAAACUAUAUUUUACUGACUGUGAAUCCACUGGUAGGCACUUUUUUUACUGCAAACAAUACAAGCCAUUUAGUGGCUGUCCACAUUCUAUAGAUCAUACAGAAACAACUUUUUUAUUUGAACUUCAGUUUGCCGUGAAGGUAAAGUGAACGGACAUUGGUUGCAUAGACAUGGAAUGUAUGACAGCAGCACCUUUUAUUACGUGUUGCAGUUUUAUUAGAUGACAGUUGCUAAUGGACCUCUGUAUAUUUUUCAUUAAAAAAUGCUAUUUUUCUUCAAGUCCACAUAAAAUAGCCUAUGAUGUAUACAAUGAAAGCACCACGAAUAAUAAAUAAAUGACGUG